UUGUCAUAUUCCGGUCUCCAUAGGAACUUAUGUUAAUUUUGGGUAAAAACUGAAAAUGUAUUAACAAAAACAUUUUUUAAUACUACUGGGAUAAAGAAAGAACUCAAGGUCAUUUCUGGAAAAGAUUUGUUUUAAGCACCAGCAAACAAGUAUGCAUUGCAUUCUAUGUCAAAGACUCACAAGAAAAUCAAGCAUGGCUUGCAAUGCUUAAGUGAUAAUACUCCCCAAAGAAGGUAUAUACUGUAUGUGUUCUUACAAUUUUGUGGACAAAAAGUGCCAUAGUUUUCAGGUAUGAGUUAGAAAAGAAUCCUGCUUUAAGAAAAUGCUUCUAGAGGAACAUGUGGAGAGUGUUUAGAUGUGAAAAUCUUCCCAAAGGUGAAUACGAAUCCAUUUAAUUUUCUCCAUCUGGUGAUGUAAAUGGUAGCAGGUGCAUACAGCAGUAGAUAUCAGGGUAUGCAGUGAUUAAGAUGUAUAGAGGUGACCUUUAGAGAAGGACCUGAUAUAGGAAAGCAUAAGCGAGUGAGGGAGGGAUGGAGUUUCAGCAGCUGAGUGAUCUAUUGAAGGUCAGAUCAUGCACUCUACUAUUACUGUACUGCUACUAUUGAGAGCUUCCCACCCAACAGACCCAGCCAGGGCUAAGGAGGGUCAAAAAAGGGGUGGCCUUACCCUGUUAGGUCUAUGUUUGUGUAAUGUUGGUCCUUAAGUUGAUUUGUACCUUCCUAUAAUCUUCCAUUACUCAUGAGCACUUCUAUGUAUCUAAUGUUCUCUCACAUAGACAAAGAAGUAAUAAUAAAGGGCAUUAGAAGUGUGUCUUGUGCAUAUGGCCCUGUCAAUCAUCUCAGUAUGUUCCUCUGUUCUACACCAUUCUCUGAAUGGUGUGAGUGUACAUGUGACUUUACAACAGAGACCAGCCCCCUCACUGUCACUCGACUACCUCUCUAAUUCUCUCUGGUGGAUCCAGCGACUGCAAGUACUUGGUCAAAAGAUCGUGGAUCUUUGAACCCCAUAAGAAACUGCUUUUCUUGGGUAGAUGCAAACACAUUUUUUAUAAACUCUUUGACUUUAUUUGUGUGAGGGAGCGACUGCAAGAUGGUAGCUUCACAUAGCUGGCUGUUAGGCCUUAUCGUAGCUCUGCUUUGCACUGGACUGUUCGGGGAUUCUGUGCAGGCUGAAGAAAGGCUGCGAAAUGAGGAAGCCGAGGUGCUGAGUGGUCUGGACCAUACUGGAGGUGAGAAAGAGGAGGUGGCUGAUGAGGAGGAGGUUGGAGGUGUAUCUGAAAAAGUGGGAGGAGAUGGGGAAGCAGAGGAAGCUGAAGACGAUGGAGAGGAAGAUGAUGAGGCAGAAGGAUUAAUAGAUGAAGAGGAAGAAGAAUACACAGAGGAAGAGGUAGAAGUGGCAGAAGAGGAGGAGGAAGAGGAUGUAGAAGUAGAGGAAGGAUUAGCAGAAGAAGAGGAUUCAGCACACCAGAUAACAGAGGAAGAAGAAACCGCUGCAGAAGAUGAGGCAGAAGAGGGAGCAGAUGAAGAGGAAGUAACAGAGGAAGAAGAAGAGGAGGAAUACAUAGAGGAAGAUGUAGAAGUAGCAGAAGAGGAGGAGGCAGAGGAAGAGGAGGUAGAAGUACAGGAAGGAUUAGCAGAAGAAGAGGAUUCAGCACAACAGAUAACAGAGGAAGAAGAAACAGCCACAGAGGAUGAGGGAACACCAGGUGAGGAAGAGGAAGAGGCAGAUGAGAAGGAAACUGCUGAUGAAGAUAACAAGGAGGCUGGAGAUGAAGGUGAAGAUACUGUUGAAGAAACUGCCAAUGAGGAAAAUGUAGAUGGAGAAGAGAUGGUCUCCACGAAGGAUGUAAUGUAUAGCUCAGGCUCUUUCUGUGCCCUUUGCUCACUCUGUCAGCACUGCGGUACCUGUGACAAAUGUCCCUGUGAGGAAGGGGACACAUCAGCACACUGCAAGCACUGUGAAGAUUGUUCCUACUGUUACAUUUGUCCUGUGAUCUGUGAAACAGUCUGCCAGCCAGGUGGAAUUCUUGAUGUACUGAGUGGUUCUCUCUACCAGCGGAUGAACACGUUGCUCUGAAUAGGUUCAGGAUUCUUCAAAGCGCCAUCUCUUGGUGAACAGAGGAACUACAGACUAGCGCUCAAAUCAUUAAUUUGUAGGCCUGUCUAUUUGACUGGCAAAAGCUUAGGAUUCUCACUCUGAGGCCAGCGAAGAGAGUGGACAACUUAUCUUAAAUAUAAGGAAGAAACUGUCAGGACCCUAAUGUUUACCAUUUAAUGGCACUUUAAAGGUGACUUUACAGGCUGCAUUAAAUAAAUAAAAAAUAUGGUUAUGUGCUGAUCUCAUUUAAUACUUAUAUAAUAUUUGACUGUAACUGUUUUUGACUGUAUUUCUG